CCCAACAUGGCGUCCCGUCAAAGCCAUCGGUCCAGUAGCCUGCUCCGGCGGGGCAUCCCUCCUCCCCUGUCCCUACAGGCGCAGCCCGACACCGAGGGGCUACAGAACCCGGCGGCGGGGAUAGACUCGCCGAACCUGGGCAGCUCGGCGAUGCUGCACGACCAGAGGAAGAGCGCCAUGCUGUCCGACGCGGCGCGGGAGUUCUCCUCAGGUGACCCCGAGGGGCAUGCUCUGUCCCCGAUAGACCUCGCCUCGCACAGCCUCCCCCAGUUUUCACCCACCAUGGAGCACUCCAUGGACAUGGGGCAGACAUCGCUGUUCCCAUCGCUGGACAGUGUGACAAGAUUCGUCGGUUUGGAGCAGAUGGAGGGACAGGGCGCAACCGAGGAGCCAGAAAAAAUGGCGUCUUCCUGGUCAUCAGAACCAGAGAACCUGCACCAACCUCCCGCCCCAGAAAAAGUUCCAGAAGUGAAACCUACCGCAAAGUCAUCCCCGCGACACCCUGCGAAGAAGAAGCAGGCAGAAAGAGUGAGAACGCCAGCAAAGGAGGUCGUUAAGGUGAAAACAGAGCCAGUAAACGAUCCGUACGCCUUCGAAGACGAACCUACACCAGUGGAAAGCUUCAGCCCUAAAGCUACUGCCAUGGCUCCUCCCAGCACAACUGCCCUCCCUCCCGCUAUACCCUACCCAUUCUCGGCGAUGCUACAGAGCCACGAUCCACACCACUUCCCGCAACCGAUGCCUUCUUCUGGACCGGUGGCUGCGAAGAAGAAAAAGAAGAGCAGCAGCGGUGGCACCAAGCACACGCAACAGUACGACAACGAGAAAUACAGGAGGAAGUACCAGCUACUGAAGAGAACCGUGAAAAAUAUGGUGUUCGAGAAUGCAGCGCUUUGUGACGAAGUCUCACACAUGGAUGAACGCAUUGCCAAGGCGAAGGAGGACAGGAAAGCUUUGCUGAAGAGGUUGUUUCAGCAUCAAGCGUUGAACGAAGUGGCCCAAAUCUCCAUGGUGUCCCCACAACACCCCCUGCCAGGUCAUUCCAGCGUUCCCUCGCUCGGUAAACCUGCUACGCUAGACAUGGUCACACCGAACCCAGCCAAGGUAGCAGCUAGUAGCACUGGCAAAGGGAAGGGAAAGGAUACCGGCAAGGCAGCAAAAGGGAAAGAGAAAGACUCCACAAAACCAUCCACAAGCAGUAGUGCCAAGAAAAAGAAGGACUCGGGUAAAAAAUUUGUGCGUCCGAUUCCCCUAGACCCAACAGGAAGGCCGAUCUUUCCCGUCACCCUCGGUGAACUUACUGUGUACAGUUUGGGGGAUGUAGUUGUAGACAGAGCAGAGUUUCACAAUGAGAAGUUCAUCUGGCCUGUCGGAUUUUGCAGUACCCGUGUGUUUGCCAGCACCAGGAACCCUCACCAGAGGUGUCUGUACACGUGCAAGAUUUCCGACGGCGGUGGUGGACCGAAAUUCGAGAUAUCGCCCGAGGACGACCCUGAGUUAACCAUCGUAGGUUCUUCCGCGGAUGAGUGCCACAAACAACUUCUAAACGCUCUCACAGAUAUCCUCGGGAAGGAUCCUUUUGGCAAAGACGACAUUUGCGGGUCGGAUUUCUUCGGUUUCUCCAACCCAACCAUACAGAACUUGAUACAGAGCUGCCCGGGUGCGCGGAAGUGCACGAAGUACAAGUGGGUGAAGUUUGACGCCUGUCGAUCGAGUAAGACAGACACAGAUGCGGAAGAAGAGGAUCUAACGCUAAGUUUCACUGCUUUACAGAAGGCUUGGGGUCUGAGGGGGGAUGAGCAGUCUCCUGCAAGAGGCCAUGGCACAAUGGACCCUAACACAAGCCUGAGAUCUCUGUUAACCUCAAAUGUGCCUCUAGUGACUAUGGGGAUAGCUGGGGGAAUGCCUAGUAUGUCUGGUCAUGAUGGCAUGUAGACUUAAAAAGCUGUACUUGAAAUUGUACUAGCAGUAUAUUGUGUAUAUUCUUGAUGUGACUUGCCAAAUCGAAACCUAAUCCAAAUUGGGGUUGCUAAUUAUUGUACAGAAUCAGUGAUACCAUAUUAUAUCUACUCAAUUCCUUGUAAAGGCAUAAUGAUAUUGGUAUAUCAAACAUUAUAGUGUAAUGUUAUAUUUAUGAAAUCUGAAGAGAAGACCUACUGUAUACUGUAUAUCAGAUUCAGUGGUGCUUAGCAGCAGUUACCCCAAUGGGCUUGAAUGUACAAUAAAGGUUGGAUUUUCUCUAAGCUAUUACGUGUAUUUGAAUGAAUGUGUUGUUUGUGUUAGCAUGUGAUGCUUUCUCUGUUGUUCAUCCAUCCCAUAUCAAAAGACACUCACACAUAAGCAUAUUAAUUUUGCAGAAUCCACCAAACUUCUUCCAGGUGUGAUGACCAAGGCUGGUCGAGAAUAAUAUGGUCUUGUGUCAGCCAUGAUGGCAGAAUGUAAUGAAACACACUGCACAUGGUUUUCACUUUCAAGUA